AUUUCAUUCUCUCCCCUUCACAUCACCGCAUCCCGCGCUGCCUUCACUUUCAUCGCCUUGCCUGGUCCUCGAUACUAGUGUGGAGUGAUUUCAUCUGCUUGAUAUACGCAGAUACAUCCCCUGCUAGCCAGACCAACCCCCCCGUCUAUCCUUCAACGAUCAUGUAGCAAGCUCAGUCUUGCUCCCCUCCGUCUGUGCAACGAUGGUGCUCUCCCUGUCUGUCCCUAGCUUCUCUAGAUCCACCACCACCACCGCCCCCCCGCUUCGUUCCAGCGAUGGCAGCCACUCCACCACCAUCAGCGAGGCUCUCCGCAACAACCCCUUCGGCAUCACUUCCCGAACUCGCUCCAUCGCCGCCUUGAACCCCACCUCCGAGGACCAGAAACGAGAGCAGGAAGAGUUAAACCAUGCCCUGCAGACCCUGGCUCGAAUCUUUCCCGAUAUUCGUGUCGAGGUGUUCCGAGAACUCCUUGUCCGAUUUGAUGGACAGAGCCGUCUUCAUGUCUGCGUCGAGCAGUUGCUUCGUCACAAAGAGGAAUGGGUAGCAGGGCGAUGGAACAUGUCAGCCGAUGCCGGGGGCUCGGAGAGCGAUGGCGAAGUUAUCACCCAACACAACGACCAUGAGCUUUUGGUUCCCCCUGACGAGCUGUUCCGGUCACACGAAUAUAAAGCUGCCGUCAAGAUGGCUCUUACGAAGGAGUUUAGUGGUCUGAGUAAGAGUACAGUGGAGGCAGUGCUGGCAGAGGUGAAUUUCUGUUACAUACGAGCCCGUCCGACUCUACUCGAUCUCUCUCGGAGAACUUGGCGCGCGACCUUCAACAAUAUCUUGCCUUCUUUUAAGCGUAACAAAGACAGGAACGAACAUCCGCUGAUCGUGUGGCAGCGUCAUACAGACGGUGACUUGGUUCCGCGGUUGAAGAAGACCGGGUGCCAAGAGUUGGAUCGAGAACUCCAUGAGAUCUUGCUGGCGCCGCUACUUCGAACGAAGCGGGAAGAGGGGGAACAAAGGGACCUGAAGCUGGCGGAGGAGCUGAACGAGACCGAAGCCAAGGCAGUUGAUGCCGUUUAUGAGUGCGAGUGCUGUUUGGCCGACGUGACCUUUGAGCAGAUUUCGACAUGCUCGGACAACGCGCACAUUAUCUGUUACGGUUGCAUCCGGCGAACGAUUCACGAGGCCUUGUUUGGUCAGGGCUGGGCUAAAUCGGUAGAUGUUGAAAAGUCAACCUUGAAAUGCCUGGCGCCGUUCGGCCAUGACAGCUGCCACGGGUCCCUAAACACAGAGAUCGUCAAACGGGCUAUCCUGCUCGAUAAGGCUGGGCUUGAGACAUAUUCCAAGUUCGAGACGCGACUGGCCUCAGAAGUUUUACUCAAAUCCCAGCUGAAGCUCAUUCGAUGCCCCUUUUGCUCGUACGCCGAAGUGGACCCUGUCUACCAUCCCUCUGCCGAUGGCCUUGCCUGGCGCUUUCGCCGAGACGGGCUCAUUUCCAGCCUUUUGAUCACCAUCUUCUUACUCGAUUUGAUACCCCUACUUAUUAUUCCUGUAACCAUACUUUAUCUUCUAGACCCUUCUGCUGUGACCACCAUCUUCGACAACGCCCUCCUCAACCUCUGCCUCAAGAUCCGGGCCAAACGAUUCACCUGCGCGCACCCGGCCUGUCGACGGGUCAGCUGCAUCACCUGCCAAAAGCCGUGGCGUGAUCCGCAUGUCUGUCACGAGCCACUCCUCCUCGACCUGCGGGCCACCGUCGAGGCCGCGCGAACCGCCGCCGUGAAGCGUACCUGCCCCCGCUGCGGCCUCUCGUUCGUAAAGUCAUCCGGCUGUAACAAGCUAACCUGCGUCUGUGGCUACUCCAUGUGCUAUCUUUGCCGCAAGGCCCUCGGCGCUCCAAUAAAGCCAGCUAACCGCCGAGGCCGUCCUCGACCGCGCCGUCGAGUAAACCUCGUAGAAAACCUCGAUCCCGCUGCCGGGCCCGCCGGACUCGACGGCAACGACGACGAAUUUGCUGAUGAAGACGAGUUCGAGGAAAUGGAAGGCUACAAGCACUUCUGCGAGCACUUUCGUAUCAACCCCGGCUCGCACUGCACGGAAUGCAACAAAUGCGAACUAUACCAAGACGAAGAUGAGGAAGCCGUGGCGCGUCGCGCCGGCGAGAAAGCCGAACGCGAAUGGCACGCCCGCCAGGGCACCGCCGGCGUCGGAAUCGGCACUCUCCGCGUCAACAACGACUUCUCCGCAUCAGAAGGCAAACGCCGCGGCAGUGGACGGUUGAUUCUUCACCACCAAGGCAAGGGCUGGUCCUACUGGUUAGAUGAAGUCUGGCGCGAUGGCCGAUGGAAGCUCGAAGGUCAGACCUUGGUAGAUUGGGUCGUGGAACGGAUCAUUGUGAUCGACGAGAUAUAAACCCCCUCUCUCCUCCCAUCCCCACUCAUCCUCUCUUCCUUUGGCGUAAUUUGGACGGGUGUUUGUUCUCAAGGAUCGAAUGAUUCGGCCGUUCAAAAUAAAUCAUACAGAGAUCGAUUGGUUAAUUUGUUCCUCCUGGAUUGGAUAAGAAAGAACGACUGGAUUGGACUGUUUUGAUGAUGUGACGAUUGCACGACUUUCCUUUCCUUUCCUCCUGCUAUAUGGGAUGAGUGGGAGAAUUAAAAUUCUUGGAUGGAUUAUUGAGAAUGGUUUGGUUGGUUGGUAGGCAGGUAGGUCAAUUCUCUGAUUCUCUGGGAUGAUUAAAUACUUUACUUUAUUAUGACCUUUGUCUUCUCAAUUUGGUCAGAAGCUAUGGUAAAUUCUUGUAUCGUAUCGUAUCUAUGUACGCCAGAGACGACAUCUAAUGCACUGUACCCAACAAAAUACGGGUAGGGCUAAAGCUCAGGAACCG